AGCGCCACCCGCAUCCGACCGUGCAGGCUCGUUCAGUCGUUCAUUCGCAAUUGUUCGUCUACCAGCCGUCAUAAGCGCACGUGUGGCGAGCGCGCGCGCGAUCGCGUAUUCAUGAACGAUACAUUUUUUUAUCACCCAGUGUUUCGUAAUCGUAAUUCAGUAAACAAAGUGUUUUUUUCAUUGAAAAUCCCAAAAAGUAUAUUUGUGUGAUGUGACGGGAAUAUGACAAGUGUACUGAAGAAAUCAAGAGGAACAAAAGGAAAAUCCGAAUCCAUGCAAGAAGAUCUGCCUUAUAGAUGGGGGAAUGUUUCCCGCGGACACAAGUCGGAGGAUGUGGCGCAGCUUAUAAAAUGUAUAGAUGACAACAUCAUCGGAAAAGGAAAUUCGUUUUGUGGGCCGUAUGGAAGGAGAAAAUUGGUGUACUGCGACUACAACGGGUCUGGCCGCGGCGUGCAGUGGCUAGAGGAGUACAUCACUCAGGAUGUCUUACCCAUACACGCGACAAGAUGCACUGCACUGUCGUACACGUCAGGCCAGAGUGAGAUAUACAGAUCGGAAUCAAAAGUUAUAAUACGUCAAGCAGUGGGCGCCUGUGAAGAUGAUGUGGUGGUGCUGGGAGGGUCAUUGCCGCGCUUAUUGCGGGCAGUGCAGCCGCAGAGGGUUGCUCUCUUCGUUUCGUCUAGGGAGACCGAGAGGCAGUUGGCACCCUGGAGAGAGUAUGGCGCUGAGAUAAUCAAGAUCCCAGAAACAAAAGAAGGUUUCAUCGACCUAAACAACCUGGAACACAGAUUACAGCAGAAUUCGGGAACAGGAAAACGUAUGAUCGGAUUCUUUCCAGCCGCUUCUAAGUUGACUGGUGUACUGGCUGACGAUGUUGCCACAACUUUGUUACUACAUCAAUAUGGAGCCUGGUCUUUCUGGGACUACACUCUAAGGGCGCCAACAUCAUCAGUGGAUAUGAAUCCAACGUUCCCAGGAGUAGAAGAGGAAAUGGUAAAGAAGGACGCCCUGUUCUUCAAUUGCGAGAAGUUUAUUGGUGGAGUGCAGGGUCCUUUUGUUGCCGUUAUCAAGAAGGACGUGUUUAAGUAUUCUCCGAUGUAUUGUGAGGACGUAGAGGUUCUGAGCGAGAGAAUUGAAGAGUGGAAGACGCCAGAGGCUGUGAGGGCCGCGUUGGUAAUGCAGCUCAGAGAUGCAGUUGGUGUGCAGAACAUCGCUGAGAGACAAGACAAUAUCACCAGACAAGUUCUAUCACACAUUAAGAAUAUUCCAGAAUUAAUAUUGCUGGGAAGCGAAUCCGCGACUGGCAAAAGAUUGCCAAUAUUCUCCUUGAUGGUGAAGCAUCCCCGAGGAACUUUCUUGCAUCCAAACUUCGUAUGCGCGGUGUUAAAUGAUGUAUUCGGCAUCCAAGCGAGGGGAGGAUUGAAUAGCAAUCUGAAUUACGGAGCUGAUAUAUUGGGAAUUGACGACAAAUUGCUUAGAGAAUAUGAGAAGUUGCUCGAUGUUGAAGCGCAAAAAGAAAUAGCUCGAGUCCGGAAACUAAGUGAUGCAAAAGCUCCUGAAGUGCCAAUCUACAACGAGUACUUGAGGCCAAGUUUCUGCAGAGUAUCACUUCCAUUUUUUAUGUCUGACUGUGAACUAGCGUUUGUCCUGGAAGCAUUAAAAAUGGUCGCAACAGAAGGCUGGAAGAUUUUGCCACAGUAUAUUGUGAAUCCUGAAACGGGACAAUGGAGACAUCAUACAUGCUCAGUGCUUAAAGACAAAAAGUCCUUGUUUUCCAUCAGAUUUAACGAUGGAAAGAUGACUGCACACGAAAGAAAAAUUUCUGGUCCAGGUAUUUUCCCGCAAACAUACACAGAAUGUUUACAAACUGCAAGAAAUCUAUUUAAUAGAGCAAGAAAACUGGCAAUGAAAUGUCCAAUAGCCGAACCCUCUGUCGGCUUCAACCCACGCAUUGAUUAUCUUAGAUGGUUUAUGUUGCCAAAAGAAGCACAUGACCUUUUGCUGGGUCGUUCCGGAAAUGUCAAGCACAUUGUUCCUUUUGAUCCCUCUGGCUACACGGGAGCGAGAAAGAGUUUGCACUUAGGUAGAUCUUGUAUAUCUUCAUCACCUAUAUUAGGCUCGUCAGCAAGACACUUCAGUCUCUCAGAUAUUGACGUUGAUUGUCGUUUGUUCAGAAUAAAACAAAAACAAAAGUUUUUCUCAAGAGAAUCUAGUCUUAGAGAGACACCUACACACAAAGAAAAUGUUGUAACUCCACAUCCAGUUCAGUUCGCUGUCGGUGAGUCGGUAUCACCUUUGAGGCUGGUCCCUCAUAUUAAACAACCAAUUCGAUCUAGAUGUUAUAGUUUGGGAUCCGAUAGCCCUCCAGCACAAUUGAGUUCACAAGCUAAACUAAAUCUCGGUUUGAAAGAAUCAUACCCGAAUAAUGUAGUAGAGAAAGUAAGCAGUUUUUGCAAUUGUGGUAGUCAGACUGACCUACAGUCCUUGGAUGAUCCAAUGAUCUCACCUGAAAAAGCAUUCCCUUACAAUGCUCAAAGCAGUACGUCGAUAUCGGACUGCAGUCAAGUAGGUCGCAUGUCUCCUACAACUUCUCUAAAUUCUCAGACUUCAGAAGAUCUGCAUGCAUAUGUUAAGGAAAUAUCAAAAGAAAUAGCCACGGAGCUUAAGUCAGAGAUACGUGAAGUAAUAUCAAAAGUAGACGAUAUUCUAGAGAAUUCAGAAUCGCUCGAUCAGUCAAAUAUUAGUAUGAAUUCAAUGUCUAGUCAGAGCGAGAAGAAUUCAGUAUUCGUAGUAGACGUAGCAGAGUAUUUGAUGGGAAUGUCGAGAGAAAUGGCUUCGGAAGUGAAACACGAGAUUCGAGAAAUGGUCAAUCAAGUCGAUGAAAUGAUUUCACCUGAUUAUACUGGAUCCUGUUCUAGGAAGAGUUCACCUCCUCAAAGUGGAAGGCAAAGAAUUGGUUCGGGUCCUGAGCUAGGACUGGAUUUGAAAAAACCUCAAUAUGGAGCAAGCCUCAGAAAGUGUCCAACUAGUCCGGUCCUACCUUCUCAGUAUAUUAAUGAGGAGGACAGUGGGUAUUACAAGAGGUCGCCUUUAACGCAAUCUCCCAAAUCAGCUCAGUGUACUCCUGUACAUGAUGCUUCUGGCCCGAAUAGUAUUUCCUUCAACUCUAGCGAGACAUCCACUCCUGAUACAAUAAUCCAGGUUGUAACAACACAGAAUUCACCAAACCUUCCUAAAUCGUUAAGCUCUAACAAAUUAUCCGACGAUGAGACGAGUUGCAACGACGCAACUUGCAGACAUUGCUGUGUCAAGAAAACUUGGUGCCAAAAUCCAUCUAUUAGCUCCCAGGACAGCGGUAUCAAUAUGACGUUUACCGAAGCUGAUUCUUAUGUAGAGUUUGGAAAAUGGCGAACAUCCUCUGACCCCAUAACAAACAAAGCAAAGAAACUACAAGGCAGACUCCGAAUGUGCCACAAACAUGAAAAAAGCGAAGUGCCGGACAUAAUAGAGGGCGUACCGGUUUGUUCUGGAGACCACACAAGAACUUCUAAAAGAUACAAUAAUACCCAAACUGAUCUAGGGAGAGUUGUAUUUCAGAUCCCUAAUGAAGGAGAAACACCUGACAGAACAACUUCAAAAUCAGACUCAAAACGGUCUACUCGAUUUUCGAAUACUUCUUCGACCAGCUCGGACCGUAGCUCGCGUUCCAGCGGCUAUGGCACUGACAUCUCACGACCCUCGCUUGAUGAACAGUUUUAUGAUAGGAGGGACGAAUUUUGUACUUUCAAAGAAGAGUGUUGGGAGGAGGAAGCUGACGACAGCAGCGCCUGUAGUGAUACCUCACUGACCGACUUCACCUGUGACGAUGAGGGCAAGUGGCACUGUCCACCUAAGAGCAUCUGGAAACCCACCCUAGAGGCAAUCCAUGAGUACAACAUGAUCCGCCCAGGCGACAAGGUGCUGGUCUGCCUGUCGGGAGGCCCGGAGUCCGUAGCUUUACUGCACACUAUUCAUCAGUAUCAAUUUUACUCGCGUGCCAAAGGCGUGCACUUUAGCAUCGGAGCACUGUUCGUCCACGAGCCCAAAACGGAGGUGGACCCAUUGCAUCUCAUGGCUUACUGCAGAACACUUGGCGUCAAACUCAUUUACCAGGACAAAAUUGACAAUGAUGAUUCUCAGAGGUACAGCGUUACGACCACGAAGCUAUCGGAGCUGAACCGCUGGGCGUGUCACGCGACCCGUCGCCGCGCGUACGCCGCGGCCGUGUCGCACGGCUACACCGUCGCUGCGGUCGCGCAGCACCUCGACGACGCCGCGAGGGCGUUCGUCGCCAACGCCUUCCACGGCGGCGGUCUGAGGACUAUCAAAGCGCACUAUCGGGUCAAGGAACACGACAUUCGCAUCAUCCGGCCGUUCAUUUACGUGCGCGAGCGCAGCGUGGCGGAGUUCUGCUCGCAGCGCGCGCUAACCGACUUCCGCGCAGCGCAGUCGCCGCCCGACAGCCCGGACAACAGCGACGACGGCACGCAGCCUGGUUGCAGCAGCAAAGAAGUAAUACACCUAGAUCGUUCAGUAUCCGAGCCUGUGGGUUCUGCAGCUAAGCUAGCGGCUGCGGCGAGCCGGCCACUGUCUGUGCCGCUCGUCGCGCCGCUCGACGCUGCGCGCGCUCUGCUCUCCAGUCAAGAACGAUCGCAUCCGUACCUAUUUGCUAGCCUCAAGCAUGCUCUACGUCCGCUUAUUGGUGCCAGGAAUAUCGAAAAAGAUCUGAAAGAAAGCAGACAUAGAAAGAAGUCGGUGAUUCAAAUGAAGAACGGAGCGCCAGUGUACGACUCCGAGGAGGGAACCGACGAAGAACCAGUGCCAUAGACAAUUGUCAAAUCUUCAUGCCGUUUAGAUUUUUUAUGUACUCUAUGGGCCUAUAUAACGGCCAAUAGUUAAUAAAAAGUUGUAACUACAACUUCAGUGUUAAGACCAACUUGUGAUUGAAAAGUGAUCGUUUUAUUUGUGAUCAAAUAAUUUAAAAAUGUUGAAUGUUCUCAUCUCGUAGUCGCAUAUAGACUUAGAGUGUGAGUGUACUUUGUUUUUGUCGAAUUUAGAGGUUAUGUUUCAGGGUGGCCAUAUUGAUAUUUUUGUUAUAAUUAUGGUUGGAUUUUGACGUGUUACGCUGCUCCCACAUCGAAGCUAUAUAAAGUUUUUAAUAAGUAUAUACAUAUAAUAUUUUGGCCCUGUUAUACAUUAGGAUGUUAAUUAUUACUCUAUGUGUGUAUCGUGUCAGGAAACAUGACAACAAUGAAAUUAUGUUUUUUAUAAAAUUAUGCCAUGAAAUGUUAUAUGUAACAAAUGGCACAACUUUAUACAAUUUUAUAUAGUUUUUAUGUAGGAGCAUUUGUUGUAAAAAUGGAACUGAAACAAAGUGCAUUUGAUACAGUCUGGAUUAUUGAUAAUUAUUGUAACAUUAAAUGUUUUUCAAUGCUGCUGUAUGUUCGGAGUUGUAUGGGUAAGAUUGCAUGUAAAGAAGGAUUAUUUAUUGUGAUGCAUUCAAUUGAGAUAUUAAAUAGUGUCUUUAAGACUAUAAAUACGUUAAAAUCAUAUUAUGAAAUUACUAUUUUGAUGAUGUUAAAGUAGAUUUUGAAAGAGUAUCCAUGUUGUUGGACUAAUUAUGUAUUAUACGUCAAAAUAGUUUUUCGGUGUUUUAGGAUCUACUCGUGAAGUACCGCUUUUUAUAACAAUUUGUACGUCUAGAAUAAAGUAAAGAACAAUCGGCAGUACUUCCCUGUGACUUCUAUUUAGAAGUUCGAUCGUUUUUCACGGGAUUCUAGUCGACCUGUGCGUAUUAGUUUUUUUUUAACAUCUACCUUUUUGUAUAAAUCAUCUUCUAUAUCAUAUUGGAUUGUAUAUUUAAGUAAUAUCUUUUCACUACAAACGUGAACUGUUUAUUUAAGACUUUGGCAUUGAUUCUUUUGCGCGGUAUUUUCAAAAUUGUUUAUAAACGCGAAAAAUAUAAUCAAAUGUGAGUCCCAUCUAGAAGUUUUUAAAUUUAUAACUAGUAUUGCAAGGCGUAGCUUGAUUGAAAAGUUUUAAUAAAACAAAAAUGAGAAUGUUUACUUAAUAUAUCGUCAAUUCGAAACUGAUUUGUUUUGCAUUGAGCUUUGACGCGAGUUUGCCGGAGAUAGAAGUUGUGCAGGCCAGCGAUUCCGUAGCGAUAAGUGACGAUCGUAUUAGAUUUCAUUUUUUAAAUUUCGAUGUUCAAAAAACAAAUGCCGAGUUGUGUGAUAAAAUUAUACAUUUCAUAAAUUUUACUGCAUCUCACUAUUGACAACAAUGUACAGCAAUUAGCUCCUUCAACGUGGUUAUGAAUUAAUACGAACUAAGAUGAGCAAACAAACGUCAAAAGGGCCACCAUAGCGUGCCGGUACUUUAAGUACUUAUUAUUCCGACAUCUCGGCCAUGUUGCACUGGCCGUGCUAAGUUUCGGUCUCCGCGGUGGAUGCAGGUUCUACCGCGAAAACGGAGUUUAAUCGCGUUUAUUCCUGUGUUAAAAUAUAAGUAUAAUGCAACACGAAAGAUUUAAAAGUACAUGUAAAUACGUUUUUAAAUAGUUUGUAAUUUUUUUCUACGAUCUUUUUUGCUUUUUUUCCUAUACAAACUUCUAUAAUGUAGAUACAUCUACACUUGUAUAAUUUUUGUCAAGUCGAUCCGUAUUUUUUUAGUUAAAAAAUAAGUGCCCAUUUGACCUCCAUCUCACCGGAUGGAAAGUGACGAUGAGGUCGAUGGAGCAUGCACACCUGUCUAAGCACUAUCGCCUUGAGUAGGUUUAAGUUAUACCGUUUUUGCCGUUUUCAUUCUUUAUUAGGUUAAGAAUGGAUAAUGUUGAUUUAGUUAUAGAGACGCGCGAAA